UUCAAUUUCCCCGCAUUUUUGGUCAUUUUGGCCAGAGCUACGCUCUAUAUCACCACGCAUCCUGUCUGCAGCGGCACUGGCCCUCUCGCCGCACCACACCGCCCGAGAGAAGAAGCUCCGCCCCUUCGUGACGUCGAGCCCCAGGAUUGGCCGACCGUGCCCAACAGCUCUGACGUCGCAGCGUCCGUCUGCGAGGCGCCACGAGGAAACUCCGAACCACCAGACACGUAAAAUAUACUUCAUAUAAACCAAAAUGCCUAAAAAGACGAAAGCAGCGGCUAAACAAGAGGAAGUCACGCCGUCUCCCUCUUCGACAUCGCCACCAGAAGCGCAGCCACCCAUGGACGUACUAUCGCAAAUGAUGGAAAUCUGGCGGCAUGAGGCGGAGGAGAGGAAACAAGCGGAAAAACAACGUCGACAAGAGGACGAGGAACGACGACGAGAGGAAGAUCGCCGACGACAAGAGGAAGACAGGCGAAGACAGGAGGAAGACAGACGUAGAAGAGAGGACGACGAGCAGAGAAGGAAGGCUGAGGAACAACGAUUCUUGCAGCUGAUUGCUACCCUCACCACGUCUCCCACUCCCCCGCAGACUGUAGGACCACAGCCUGCUGUCGCCACAGACCUUCCGACUUCGGCGCCUUCGUCAGGUACUCCAGCAAUGAAGGCUUCAGUCCAGCCUCCCCCACCCCUCGCCCAAGAUGUUACUUUGCGGUCGUACAAAGAAUGGCGACAACGAUGGGAUGACUAUGCUGUCAUGAUUGACCUGCAUAACCUGCCUCAGCAUAAGCAAUUAAUACACUUGCGUGCGUGCUUAUCUGCUGACAUGAGAGGAACACUGGAGCACAGUUUAGGCGUGUCUCCAGCCUCAGAUUUGCCUCUCAGGGAUGUCCUCCAGCGAAUCCGGAACUUCGUUCGAGACCAAAAGAAUGAGGCUUUACGACGUCUCACCUUUUCCCAGUGCAGGCAGGCCCACAAUGAGAAAUUUACAGAUUUUUAUGUACGCCUAAAGCAAGCUGCAAACGAUGUGGAUCUGUGUAAAGGACAUAGCAAUGCUUGUAUCGAGACCCAAAUCAAGCAUGCCAUCUUGAUAGGUGUUAAAGAUGAAGAGACCAAACAACGCCUGUUAGAGAUGAAGUCCGACGCCACCCUUGAUGACGUAAUAACUGUGUGUAGAUCUCGUGAGGCUGCCGAGUCUACCACCCAAGAACUACGCCCAUUGCAACCAGCUACACGUGCAUUGUCUGUUUAUAAGCAGCAAAAGCGGCGAGCUGCCAAGGGUAACACUGAAGGACCCUACCGAAAAGUAACCAGUCGCCCUCCUAAGUCUCCACAACCACAGCCAAAAGAACUUUGUGACCAUUGUGGAUAUAGGACACACGUCAAGAAGAAGUGCCCUGCUUCUACUAGCACCUGCCGUACCUGUGGCAAAGUAGGUCACUUUGCCAGCCGUUGUCAGUCAUCAAAGAAGAAAAGGCUGCCACCCACAGAAGGGAAUGUUCUUUCAGUUUCCCAAGUUUCGCACAACAUAGCCAAAGUCUGCGCAGUUGAAACUGAAUCCCGUGUAGGCCCUGCAUCUCCGACGAUUAGAUUGUUAGUGCAGUCAGGAGACUCUUCAGCAUAUAUAGACUGCAUACCUGACACAGGAUCUGACACAACCGUGAUGGAUGUUACCCUUCUCAAGUCUCUAGGAUUAACCACAGACAACCUGGACAAAUCUACAAACUUCGGGCUGCAUAAUCCUGAUGGAUCGCAUAUGAACUGUACUGUCCUUGGAUCAUUAUAUGUAAGCAUGACGUAUGGUACAGUCACCAUACAGGGUUGGAUAAAUGUGUUGAGUUCUUUACCACGACCUCUGCUGUCUUGGAGCCACACACAACAGCUACAAAUUAUCCCCAAGGACUACCCACGACAGAUCCUAGGCAGAAAGCAUGGUAAACGCUUUCCCAGUGAAAACCUGCAAACAGUUCAACCUGGAGAGGUAGCAAGAAUUGUUACAACUCCCAAAGUUAUGCCUGAUCACCAUUCAGUGACACCCCAGGAGGCCACAGGCCAACAGCCAGCUCCACCUCAACCAUCACAACAGUUCCCGUUACAUCCACCAAGACCUCCUCCAUUCUCAGCAUCCCCUGAUGAAGCGAAGAAGUUUUUCCUUCGAGAAUUUCCAGACGUUCUCAUGACGAAGGAAGAUUUCCGACAGGGUAUGAAGCUCAAGGAGAUGUGUGGAACCCCUAUGAGGAUCUUCAUAAAGGAAAAUGCCAAACCAUUUGCAGUGCACACGCCCCGUGUCAUUCCCCUUGCCUGGCGGGAUGACGUCAAGACAGAGUUGGACUCCAUGGUGGCUCAGGGCAUCAUUACUCCUGCAGGUGAUGAACCAUCACAAUGGUGUCACCCCUUAGUGGCUGUAGCUAAGCCUAAUGGAGGAGUCAGGAUCACUGUUGACCUCACUAAACUCAACAGUCAAGUGCUACGCCCUGCCCAUCCCUCACCAACGCCUCAUGAUGCUGUUCGUCGUAUCAACCCUAAGGCGAGGUACUUUUCCACCUUGGAUGCCUUAUAUGGCUAUUGGCAAAUACCUUUAGAAGAGCAAGAUCAACACUUAACAACAUUCAUCACCCCUUAUGGUCGCUUCCGCUUUUGUCGUGGACCCAUGGGCUUUGCAGCCACAGGUGAUGAAUACUGUCGUCGAGGUGACAUAGCACUCGACGGAGUACAACAGUGUGUGAAGGUGGUAGAUGACGUCCUUCUAUGGGAUGAGGAACUAUGCAUCCCACCUAAAGCGAGAAAUGGAAUUGCAGCUGAAGAAGAGAAAGUUCGUGCCAUUGCCGAAUUCCCAAAGCCAGCUAACCUGACAGACCUUCGAUCAUUUAUGGGCUUGGUGAACCAAUUGGCUGAAUUCACCCCUGCAAUUGCCGAGUCUGCUGAUGUUUUACGCCCUCUUAUGAGUCCCAAGCGUACCUUCACAUGGACUCCUGACCAUGAUGCAGCAUUCAGCCGUGUGAAGAAAGCUCUCUCACAACCACCUGUUCUCGCCCAUUUCGACCCAGCACUCAAGACCAUACUUCAGACGGAUGCUUCCCGUCUCUAUGGUGUAGGCUAUGCACUGUUGCAAGAACAUAAGCCUGGAGAAUGGCGAUUAGUGCAAUGUGGUUCCCGGUUUCUAGCAGAUGUGGAGACGAGAUAUGCCACAAUUGAGUUGGAAUUAGUGGCUGCAGUAUGGGCUAUGAUGAAGUGCAAAUAUUACCUGCUUGGUUUGCCCCACUUCACCCUGAUGACAGACCAUAGACCUCUGGUGCCCAUACUUAACUCAUACACAUUAGAUGCUAUUGAUAACCCCCAACUCCAACGCCUGAAAGAGAAGAUAGCAGGUUAUGUCUUCACAGCUACAUGGCGUAAAGGAAAGGAACUCUCAAUCCCAGAUGCCCUUUCCCGUGCUCCUGUGGAUUCACCAUCCCCUGAAGAUAUCGCUCUUAGUGAUGACACACGUCACUAUGUCAGAUGUAUAAUCACUCAGCGUAUGGCCACUCUGAGCACAGUAUCAGGGACAAUACAGACAAGUGACUUGGUGCUUGAUAAGAUGCGAGCAGCAGCACGCGAAGAUUCGGUAUAUGUUAAGCUCCUCGACAAAGUGACUCAUGGUUUCCCUGCCAACCGUGACAAUUUGGACCCUGACCUACUCCCAUAUUGGAAGGAACGUGACAAUUUGUACCACGAUGAGGACCUUAUCCUUUUGGGACCCCGCAUUGUAGUUCCUUCUACACUUCGCCGAGAAGUGUUGGCUCGCCUACACGACAGUCACCGUGGCGUGGAGGCCACAAAACGUCGUGCCCGACAGACUGUAUGGUGGCCUGGUAUCAAUUCAGAUAUAACAAAUGCAGUCAGAUCAUGUGAGCCUUGCCAAGUACUUCUGCCAAGUCAGCAACAAGAGCCCAUGCUGACAGAAGAAGCACCCACCAAACCCUUUGAGUCUGUGUCAGCUGACUUUUUCAGUGCAGCGGGGAAGUCUUUCCUUGUUUACGUUGACCGACUCUCAGGAUGGCCUGUGAUAGCAUGCUGUGGCACUGACACUACAGCUGCCGCCACUAUAAGUUUCUUCAGAAGAUUCUUCCGCGACCUAGGUGUCCCUCUUCGGCUGCGCACUGAUGGUGGACCUCAGUUUUCGAGCCGAGAUUUUAAUGACUUUUUGUGUCGAUGGGGUGUUCGCCAUGAUACAUCCUCUCCCCAUUAUCCACAAAGUAAUGGUCAUGCAGAAGCUGCAGUGAAGGCUUUGAAACACCUAGUUUUGAAGGUCGCCCCUUCUGGUAUCCUGAAUGAAGCUUUCGACCGUGGAUUGUUGGAACUCCGUAACACACCACGUCAGGAUGGCCGUUCCCCUGCGCAAGUUUUGUUUGGCCACCCUCUUCGUUUCCGUGUUCCAGCCCACAGCUCAUCUUUUGCUCCAGAAUGGCAAGCAAAGACAGAAGAGUGUGAUCGCCGUGCAGCUAUGAGGACACAAGCUGCUAAGGCAUUAUACGACUCGCACGCCAGACCAUUACAGCCACUGCAGAUUGGAUCGCAAGUCCGGAUACAAGAUCCUGUCUCCAGACGAUGGAAUAAAGUAGCUGUAGUCAUGGGAAUUGGUCGGAGCCGCGACUACCUUCUCCGGACGACUUCAGGACGAGUACUUUGGAGAAAUCGUCGAUUCCUUUGA